UAUCAUUUUGGAUGUACUAAUACAUGCAGUGAUAAGUGUGAGGACAAACAUUGUGAUGCUUUUAACGGAUCAUGUAUUUAUGGCUGUUCUAAUCCCAGUGCCGUGUCCUUAGAUUGUAUUGUGUGUGAUGACGGGACUUAUGCUUAUAAUGGAGGAUGUGUACAAUGCGGGUACUGUAAAGAUGACACACCCUGUGCAAAAGAAACCGGAAAUUGUUCGUCUGGCUGUAUGAAAAAGUAGACAGGGGAUCUUUGUAAAAAAUGUGCUGAUGGUUACUAUGACCAGAACUGUAGUACCCAGUGUGGAAAUUGUCGAGUGGGAUUUUGUGAAAAGAAAAAUGGAAGCUGCCUAUCGGGUUGCAAACUGAAUUGGAAAGAACCUUUAUGUCAAGAAUGUGCUGAUGGUUACUAUGACCAGAAUUGUAAUACCCAGUGUGGUAAUUGUCGAGAGGGAUUUUGUGACAAGAAAGACGGAAGCUGUCUAUUAUGGUUGCAUACUGAACUGGAAAGAACCUUUGUGUCAAGAAUGUGCUGACGGUUACUAUGACAAGAAUUGUAGUGCCCAGUGUGGAAAUUGUCUUGAAGGAUUUUGUAAUAAGAAAGACGGAAGAUGUUUAUCUGAUUGCAAAUUGAACUGGAAAGAACCUUUAUGUCAAGAAUGUUCUGAUGGUUAUUAUGGCCAGAAUUGUAGUACCCAGUGUGGAAAUUGUCUUGAAGGAUUUUGUGACAAGAAAAAUGGAAGCUGUCUAUCUGGUUGUAAUCUUAACUGGAAAGAGCCUUUAUGUCAAGAAUGUGUUGACGGAUUUUAUGACGAAGACUGCAGUAGACAAUGCGGAUAUUGUCUUGGAGGAGUUUGUGACAAGACAAAUGGAACUUGUAUUAGUGGAUGUACAGCAAACUGGAGGGAACCUUUGUGUCAAGAAUGUAUUGACGGAUUCUAUGACCAGAAUUGCAGCACUAAGUGUGGUGAAUGUCGAAGUAAAUUUUGUGACAAGAAAAAUGGAAGCUGCUUAAAAGGUUGCAAAAGCAACUGGAAAGAACCUUUUUGUCAGGAGUGUAUUGACGGAUUUUACGGCCAGAAUUGCAGCGCUAAGUGUGGGAAUUGUCGUGGAGAAUCUUGUGACAAGAAAACUGGAAGCUGUUUAAAUGGUUGCAAAACAAACUGGAAAGAACCCUUUUGUCAAGUAUUUGCUGCAACACUAGAGGAAGAGGAAAAUAAUGCGGCCAUAGUCGGAGGGACUGUUGCAGCCGUCUUAAUUGCAGUAUUAGCUGGAGUUUUCAUAACAAUAUUUUACAGGUUAAUGCAACAGUUCUAA